UCUUCCCAAGAAUCCUCACUCUUCUUCCGCCUCCCGGCCGAACUCCGCAACGAAAUCUACAAAGCCCUCCUCUGCCCCGACACCCCCUCCCCCUUCGCCAUCACCCACCCCUCAAAGCAGCACACCGCCGCCGACGACCUCUCCGUCCGCGGCUUCAACCAACCCAGCACGCCCAACAUCCACCUCUCCCCCGCCAUCCUCUCCACCUGCCGCCGCAUCCACGCCGAAGCCCUCGGCCUCCUCUACGCCCACAACACCUUCCACGCGCACCCCAGCCUCCUCAACACCCUCCCGCACCUCGCCUCCCCGUCCCGCCCCGUGCUCUACUCCCGCGUCUCGGGCCUGAUCAACAGAUGGCAGAUCAGCCUGCGGCUUGACACGGACCCGCGGUUCACGAAGGAGAAGGUCACGGCUGCCUUUUCGGGCGCCGAGUACCUGGAGAUCAGGGUGUGGCAGGCGCAGUUCGAGGCGUGCGAUUUCGCGGUGCUGAGGCUGUUCACGGGGGUGAGGGGCGUGGGGUUGGCGAGGGUCGGGGGGAGUGUGGAUGAGGGGGUUGCGAGGGCGUUGGAGAGGUCGAUGAUGAGGAGGGAGGGGGAGGAGUGUAGGUGU